AUGGAAGAGGAUAGAAAGCACGGAAAGAAAGAAGAGCAAGAAGGAUCGCAAGUAGGUGCAGAAAUGGAUUAUGGGAUUCCGCUUUUUGGAAUGAAUGAGAAUAUUCCUGAAGGGUUUCCAUAUCCCAGCUGGGGAGCCCAAGGCAUGAAUUAUGCAUUUGAUCAUCAAUAUAACUACUACAAUCAUCAUCCAAUUUCUUCGGCACCAUUCCAAGGCAGUGGGAUGCCGACAUCAGCUCAGGGCUUUGAGCAGAACAAUAUGAGUUCAUCAAUUACUUUUGAAAAACCUCGAGGACGAAGCCAUGGGAAGAAAAAGAUAAAGCUUGAGUACAUAGCAGGAAAGAACAAAAGGAGUGUCUGUUUCAGCAAGCGAAAGAGGGGGAUAAUGAAGAAAGCGUAUGAAUUGAAUAUUCUUACAGGAACGGAGAUUCUUCUUCUAAUUGCCAGUGAAAGCGGGCAUGUUUUUACAUUUGCGACGGAUAAGCUUAAGCCGAUCAUACUAGAGCAUGAGAAUAUUAUUCAAAGUUGCUUGAACAAGUCUGAAGGGGUUGCUUUCAACGGCUCGAUGCGCAGUGAAAGAAACAGGAAAUAUUCCAAGAAAGAUAUUGGAUAUGAUGAUAUCGGGAUUUAUGAUGAAUCAUCCGAGAGCUGA